GAGCGCAGCUUGAUAGCCUGAAGGACACGCGCCCAGCCUACUUCUACUGCAUCGUUACCACUUUAAUACCGCCUUAUUACUGCGUUAAUACUGCCUAAUCGAUAGCGCCUUUUUAUUGCAUUGUUACUGUAUUGCGGCUGCGUUAUUCCUCAUUCAUUACUACGCUAUUACUAUAUUACUACUGCAUUAUUACUGCUUUAUUACUAUAUAGUCACUGCCUCACUGCUGCUUGGGUCCUGCAUCAUUGGUGCAUCAUUCCUGCAGCGGGGCAGGCGUUGCGGACACAUCUGGUCGUCAUCAGAAGGGGCAGCGUCUCUUUCUGCUCACAUGUGACUCCAGCAGUGAGUGAAGACAAGUCCAAGAGGAGCUUUUAGAAAACAUUGCUAAAGUUUGACAACAAACUUGUUGUGUUUUUUCGGUGUAUGGAUUGACUUUGAAGCUCUGAUUGCGGGAACGACGCAGGGAGAAACUUUCGCCUUUUUUCUUCGAGCCUCCAAGGCUCGUAUUUUUUGGUCUUUUGUCCAACGGAAAAGAGACGCCCUGCAAAGCAAGGAUCUAUUUCUUUUUUCAGUUGGGGUUCUUUUUUUUCUUCCCUUCCCUCGCUGUCAUGACGUCCAGUUACACACAUGGAAUGGACCGGAACCGCUUGGAGAGUCCCGUCACCGCCAACCUGGACCACUUGCAAGCCAAGAAGAACUUCUCCGUGAGCCACCUUCUGGAUCUGGAAGAAGCCGGGGAGAUGGUGGGCUCUCAGGCCGACGAGAGUGUCGGCGAGGCCGGGAGAAGUUUACUGGAGUCUCCGGGACUCACCAGCGGGAGCGACACCAACCAACAGGACAACGAGCAGAUGAACACGGAGGAGAAGAAGAAGAGGAAGCAGCGCAGGAACAGGACCACCUUCAACAGCAGUCAGCUGCAGGCUCUGGAGAGAGUGUUUGAGAGAACCCACUACCCGGACGCUUUUGUGCGUGAAGACCUCGCCCGCCGCGUCAACCUCACUGAGGCCAGAGUGCAGGUUUGGUUCCAGAACCGACGGGCCAAGUUCCGCAGGAAUGAGCGAGCCAUGCUGGCCAGCAAAAACGCUUCCCUCCUCAAAUCGUAUUCCGGAGAAGUAACGGCGGUGGAGCAGCCCAUCGUGCCCCGCCCCGCACCACGCCCCAACGACUACCUUUCCUGGGGUAGCACCGCCCCCUACAGUACCAUGGCCGCCUACCCACCCAGCUGCUCCAACACCAACACAUCCCCGGGCAUGAACAUGGCCAACAGCAUCGCCAACCUGCGGCUCAAAGCCAAAGAGUACAGCUUGAACCAGGUGCCCACCGUCAACUGAGAGGGGGACCCCCCCCGGAACCACUGGACUCCCACAGACUUUAUGUUCGGACUGAGCGUCAUCUCACCUGAAUCCAAGCUUUCCAGUAAAGCAGAAAGCGUUGUUGCCGUAGCAACAAGUAGGUGAUCUCAUCCUUUUAUACAAAGGGCAUCUUGGAUGGAUGUUGUCAUAAAUAUCUGCAUAUUCUAAUCGGCGCUGAUUUUCAAACAUUUUUACUUCUCUCAGAAGGACAUUUGGGGAAUUUCUGUGUCCACCUUUAGCUGUGGAGGAUUUUCUGGAACUUUUUUUUUUUUUUCCCUUAUAAAAGACUUCAUUUUAAGAUGGCGUUAACUUUUUUUUUUUUUUUUUUUAAUCACUUUCCUGUAGUAAACCAAUGACAACUUUAUUUUUCAUGUAACUUCCAUAUUCAGGGACGGAUCUUGUAUUUCCCAAACCCAGUAGAACGUUUUCAU